GUUGAGGAGGGAGGGAGGGAGUUGAGGAGGGAGGGAGGGAGUUGAGGAGAGAGGUAAAAAGUUCGAGUCAAGUCAAUCUGGAGAGGGGGAGAGGGUUGGGGGUGGGUUUGGGGGGAGCUGUUGCAAUGCAAAUUCCAACGCCCCAGUGCGUGCUGCUCAGCCCCCCCGGGGCGAGGACAUCUCCCCUGGCGGCGGCGGUGGGGGGGAGAGGGUAUCCCUCCAGGAGGUCCUCUUUCGACGUGGAAUCGCUCCUCUCCAAAGCCUCCGAGUGGAGCCGCCGGGCCGAGCCGGGCCACCGCGGGGCGUGGGUCUCCAGCAGCGCCCCGGAGAGCCCGGGUCAGCCCAGGUGGGCGCACAGCGAUUACUGGGGGUCUCUGCAAGUCCUCAUCCAACCGGCCGCUUGCUUCCCGUUACUGAGAUACAGCGGACAGUCCCCGGGACACGGCUACAGCGCUUUCCCUUCGGUUUGCUGCGACGAUUCGUGCACAGAAGGGGAAUGGGCCUUUCGCUCCAACACUCUGCCCAACAAGUCAAAAACUAGACCCAAGCGAGUGAGGACCACCUUCACACAGGAGCAGGUGGGUCGGUUGGAGGAGGAAUUCGGCAGACAACAGUACAUGGUUGGAGCGGAGAGAUUCCUACUGGCUACUGCCCUGCACCUGACAGAAACACAGGUUAAAGUGUGGUUUCAGAACAGGCGGAUCAAGUGGAGAAAACGCCACGUGGAGCCAAACCAUUCGGGGUUUUCAACGGAGAAUUUAUCGUCGCUCCUCGCCGACCCCCCGAAACACUCACGCAACACGCACCACGCACCGAGGACCCCGCAACCCCGAGAGCCGCAGCGAAUAGAAACGUCGUACUAACGCGCUCCGUGAAAGGGGAAGAAGCCCUGUUUUUUUUUAACACUGAAAAGUCAACACACGGGAUGGUUUAUGAGUGUUUUCCAGUCUCGAUGUGGGCGUAUGUAUUGUAUGUAUAUGUAUAUGUGUGUGUGUGUGUGUGUGUGCGUUCAAACUAACA